UUUUUUUCUGUUUUUUAAAUUGAAAAGCACGUUGCUUUUCUAAUUAAUACUUACAACUAUGUCAUGUUCAUAAGCUAAGUAACAUAAACCCAUUUAUUCAUGUAUCAUUUUAAGCAUUCGCUCGUGCUUAUUAUUUUAUAGAGAUCCUGUACUUCAGUUAUCCUGUGCCACUACAAGGUACGCUACUUUUAGUGUAUAUGUCUGUAUUAUUUUAAACAUAUAUACAUAUAUUAAUUUAUCAUAUUAUCAAAAUGAAGAUGAUACUGUUUCGCAAAUUUAGAGUGCUAAUCGUGAUGGUGUUUCUCAUCGCAUGUACCAUGCACAUAAUGAUCGAUUUACUACCGAAGCUCGAGAAGCGGGCGGCGGGUCCUGGUACUGCGGGGAACAGCGGGUGCUCUUGCUCACAUAGACCGAGCGAAGAGCCUCAGAGCUGGGGCAAGCAGCGUGCCAGGACCGGGGCAGAGUCUGGCUGGCCUGACAAGCACACCCUGAGGAUUCUUCAGGAUUUUAGCAACGAACCGAGCUCUAACCUGUCCUCCUAUUCACUAGAAAAAAAUACGGGACUGGCGGACAAAACCGAGGCUUUCAAAAGACUUGAACAAUACCCCCGGCAUGGGAAUACUGAGAAGCAGUUUAUCCAGGACACGAAUACCAAUAAGAAUCAGCCUGUUAAGGGAUACUCGAAACUGAACUUUCUGUUUGAGAAUUCCCUUUACAAAAUGCAGGUCCCUGGACUCACUGACGAGGACACCUUAUUUAAUGUCAAUACUGAUAUCAGAUUUAACCCUAAAGCGGCUGAGAAUCAAGAAUGGCAAAAUGAAGGGAAUGAUGAAGAGGAGUAUGUUCCUACUGGAGAACCUUCCGCGGAUUCCUAUCCGAACUGGUUAAAAUUCCACAUUGGGAUUAAUCGAUAUGAGCUGUACUCCCGGCACAAUCCAGUGAUCGAUUCUUUAUUAAAGGAUCUAGUCUCUCAAAAAAUCAGCAGCGUUGCCAUGAAAUCGGGAGGCACUCAGCUUAAACUCAUCAUGACAUUCCAAAACUACGGACAAGCGCUUUUCAAACCGAUGAAGCAAACAAGGGAACAGGAAACACCCCCAGACUUCUUCUACUUCUCUGAUUUCGAGAGGCACAACGCAGAGAUCGCAGCUUUUCAUCUGGAUAGGAUCCUGGAUUUCCGGCGUGUGCCUCCAGUUGCGGGCAGGCUGGUCAACAUGACCAAAGAAAUCAGAGAUGUGACUCGCGACAAAAAGCUAUGGAGAACGUUUUUCCUCUCCCCAGCCAAUAACAUCUGUUUCUACGGCGAGUGCUCCUAUUACUGCUCUACGGAGCACGCUCUGUGCGGGAAGCCUGAUCAGAUCGAGGGCUCGCUGGCUGCUUUCCUCCCAGACCUGGCCUUGGCCAAGCGGAAAACCUGGAGGAACCCCUGGAGGCGUUCUUACCACAAGCGCAAGAAAGCAGAAUGGGAGGUAGAUCCAGACUACUGUGAGGAGGUCAAACAGACGCCGCCCUAUGACAGUGGCUCGCGGCUCCUGGAUGUCAUGGACAUGACCAUCUUUGAUUUCCUGAUGGGAAAUAUGGAUCGACAUCACUACGAAACCUUUGAGAAGUUUGGCAAUGAAACUUUUAUCAUCCACUUGGAUAACGGCAGGGGGUUUGGAAAACACUCCCAUGAUGAGAUUUCUAUACUGGUGCCUUUAAGCCAAUGCUGCAGAGUAAAGAGAUCUACCCAUCUGCGACUGCAGCUCCUAGCUAAGGAGGAGUACAAGCUGAGCGAGCUGGUGGAAGAGUCUUUACUGCAAGACAAGCUGAUGCCCAUCCUUAUAAAACCCCAUUUGGAGGCCAUGGACCGCAGACUUCGGGUGGUGCUCAAAGUCCUCAGUGACUGCAUUGAGAGGGACGGUUAUAACAAUGUGGUGGAAAAUGACCUUGACAGUGCCAAUGCUAACACGAUCACAAGCACGAGGUAGUAGCGUCCAAUAGAAGUGUGUUUUUUUCUAGAGUACUAUUAUGAUUAAUAUAAAAGGAGAGUCUUGCAAAAGACUAUUGAUGCCACUUUUUUGAAUUCAGUGAAUUCAGAGGCUCUGUGUUAUCCCCUAGCCAUGUAAAAUACAUAUGAAGGAAAAAAAAAAAAAAAAAACAGAAAUUAUGUUUUAAAAUAAAAGUUGUAUUGCUUAUUUUAAUAGCGCAUAGGAAAAAAAAAUACUGCUUAGGUUUUGUUUCGAGUACUGUUUUUUAAUGUCAUUUCUUUCUACCAAUUCCUUUUUUUUCUGUCUAACCCAUUUCCCAGUCAUUUUUCUUUAUUUAUUUAAAAUAAUAAAUAACAGUAGUUCCAAAUCACUAAACCACAAAGACAUUAGAACAGAUGUCAGUCUGUAUUCCAAAGAAAGGCUCAGGUUCAACAGCUGUAAUCUUUAGGUCAGAAUUAUUGAAAAGCAUAGAUAUGGGAGUUUUGUAGGGAAUCCAGCUCAUCCAUACCUUCAACCAUUUGAUCACAAGAUUUACAGUAGUAAUACAACUUUAUAGGAAAGCUUGCUUGCUGGGAUCACCUUCAAAAGGGACUGCCUGCCUCCAAUAGGAGUGAAAUUAGCACCCCAUGUAGAAAUGAUACCAUUCCUGCAUUUCUUAUCCCAAAUUACUGUCAUAUGUGAGAAUGGCCACUUGAUUGUAAACCUUCUGAUUACUUACAACAAGCCACGGACUGGUUUAAAACACUUCCUAUGACAGGUCUACUCAUCAUAACAAGACUCAUGUCAUACUUCACUUCAUACUUCUAACUUAAUUUCAAACUUAAUUUAAAAUACUUGAUCUCAAUUAAACAUGUUGUUUUGUAUGCCCUGCCGUUCGCUUGUCUUAGAAGAGAAAAGGAAUAAGAAAGUACUCACCCUUAGAAACCCAGUCUUUGUUCAUUUUAAGUUUGUCUGUGAAUUGAAAAAUGCUUGCCUUUUAAGAGGAGAAGAAAAAAAAAAAAUCAGUUCACGACAGAAAAUCAGCCCUCAAAUCCAAUACAACAGAAUGCGGACUCAAUAUUCAGUGGGUCAUUUUACCCAAAGCCACUUGACAUUUCUCAGAUAUCGUCUCUCAGUUGUUGAUUUUACAGUCUGUAAUCCAAUUUCCACAUUGGAGUCAAGACUCAAGUCUGUUUAUUGUGGCUUCUUUUGGAGGCAAAUGGAUGAAAAGCAAACAUUUUACUGCUCUCGGUGUGGAAUGUAAAGUGAGAAGGUGCUGUAUGGUGUUUGGAACCUUGGAAUCAUGUUGCUUCCACACAACCCCAAUCCAUGACGAUUUAAUGCAGGUAUCUAGGUAUCUUUUUUAUUGGUAAUUUUCUACCUAUUUCACGUUUGCCGUGUGCAUUAAUUACCUACAUUUGUGACCUUUUUGCUGACACAAUUAAACAAUAUAUCACUAAAAUACUCACUAUUUCAAACGUCUUUCUGCAUUGUCCUAGAACUUACUUAAAACCACAUCCUUGAUUCAGAACUUGAAUUAGAUUCUUCUAAAAAAAACAAAUCCACAGAUAACUGGGCACAGGGGAAGCCUGCAACAUAAAGAUUUUUUUUUUAAUUCAUGUUAGUUUAGACCAUGCAUAUAAUUGGAUGUCAAUUUGUGUUAUCGCUGAUAAUUGUAAACUAGUAUGUGGCCAUGCAAGCUGUGAGGGUUGCUGCCAAGACGUACUUGUGACUGCAGAGUUUGGCAUGCAAGCUAGCACACAUUUAUCCAACUUACAAAGUCUAAUUUGUAUUCCUUUUUUAUUACUGUUAAAUGUCAGGAAAACUACAUCACAGACACUCACAAUGAUUGUUGGAGGUAGGCACAUUAAUAAAGUGUUUUUUUGCUCUAUAUUCCACACAACCAAAGCUCGAUUUCCAAUUUGCCUUUUAUAUUUCUAUAUCCCAGCCCAGCCCCACACUUCCUGAGUUAACUGGGGCAUCCCAUUUGAUAGCUGUUAAAUGAGUCAGAAAAGACAGCAGUUGGGCUAUACUUGAAAAUAAUUUGUAAUACUUAGCAAGCUGUUUUCCGUUUGUAUUCAGAUAUACUGGUACCAGUAAUCUGCCACUUUUUGUUUUGUCAGUAAAUAUAUAUAUUAAAGUAGUUUAACCAGAAUUCAACAUCGGCCCUCCAGGUCCACAGUAGUUCCAGAUAUUUGAGGAAUUGCAAUAACACCCCGAGUGUAUGGAAUUGUCAGCUUUAAUGGACCUGUUACCUAUUUGUAUUCUGUUUAUAUCACACGAGCAGGCUUUGCACGUUUGGCGCAGCCAUUUACUGUCCUUUUACUACACAAUGAAUGAUACUGGAGUCACAGCACUCUCUUCACUACAGAAGGCAGUCAGGUACAGGUGUGCACCAGUCAGGGGGAACCAGCAAUGGCCCUCAAAGGGCUUAGGUCACAAGUCAAAUGCCAAAAACAGUCUGUGGUGCACCUGUUCAUUGACUGCAUGCAUUACUCGCAGCUUCUCCAAAAUCAUGACUAGAACUAGGUGAAAUGGCUUGAUGUAAUUCAAGCUACCUAAACAUUACAAUGUUGGUCUUGUUGUUUUCAUUUGAUGUUUUUUUUUUUUUAUUGUAAUUUAUAAAAACUGAAUAAAACUAAUGUUGGAAAUAUUAUUACUUCAGUAACUGAUUUCACAUUCAGCCCAUAAUUCAGGAAGUACAGUAUGUGUGUGUAUCUCUCCCAUGGAAAGAAAGACCCAUCUUUUAUAUCUGUUGUAUAUUUGUUUAACUUGUGUAUCAGCCACACCUGUGCUGUAACUAUUUGUUCAAAAGCAUGAUGUGUUUGAUUAUGAGACACUUCUUAAUCACAGUACUUACUUUGAACCCACAUGUUAUGUCAAGGUAUUUAGAUUGUACUUCGCGUACAUCUGUAUUACUGUGCUAAUGUUAUUAUCUGUUAUACCCCUUAUGUGUGCUAGACCAUUAUGUAAUCUUGCAUUAAUUCACUGUAAGAAAUCAAACUGUUUGUUUAAGACCUGUGCAGGAAAAUGAGCAAGUCUGUAUUUUUCAAAAGCUUUAUUUUCUUUGUGUUUUUUAGACUACUAAUGAAAGAAUAUUGUAUCCUCCAAAUGUCUUUUUUAUUUUCAUUUCCUGUAAUACACUUUAAGAAACUCCUUUUGUGGAAUCUAAUCAUAUCAUCCGAUAAAGUCUUAAAAUCCUGAAUCAGCGACAAACA